AUGUCUUUUCUAACAGCCCGGGACCACAUGGUGGCUUUGCGAGGUGGAGUGGUCAGCGACGGCGAGGAGGACGAUGAACAGAGUCGUAUCCGGGCCGCGGCUCUUGCGAGGGAGAGACGGUUGAAUCUAGGGGCUGAGGAAGUGUGGGUGGGGACUGGGGGCUCAGGGUCCGGUGUGGGAGAACCAAGGCUCGUCUCCAGGACGCAAGAAGGGUCAACGACUGGCGAGGGGGUCCGCACCGGUGGGUCGACCGGAGGAGGACGUGGCCUGGUGACAGGAGGUGAAGUGGUCAGCGCCGGCGAGGAGGACGACGACGGGCAGAGUCGCUUCCGGGUCGCGGCACCUGCGAGGGAGAGACGGUUGGGUCUAGGGGCUGAGGAAGUGGGGAUGGGGACUGUGGGCUCCGGGUCCGGCGUGAGCGAGCCAAGGCUCGUCUCCAGGACGCAAGGAGGGUCAACGACUGCCGAGGGGGUCCGCACCGGUGGGACGACCGGAGGAGGACGUGGCCUGGUGAGUGGUGGAGUGGUCAGCGACGGCGAGGAGGACGAUGAACAGAGUCGUAUCCGGGCCGCGGCUCUUGCGAGGGAGAGACGGUUGAAUCUAGGGGCUGAGGAAGUGUGGGUGGGGACUGGGGGCUCAGGGUCCGGUGUGGGAGAACCAAGGCUCGUCUCCAGGACGCAAGAAGGGUCAACGACUGGCGAGGGGGUCCGCACCGGUGGGUCGACCGGAGGAGGACGUGGCCUGGUGACAGGAGGUGAAGUGGUCAGCGCCGGCGAGGAGGACGACGACGGGCAGAGUCGCUUCCGGGUCGCGGCACCUGCGAGGGAGAGACGGUUGGGUCUAGGGGCUGAGGAAGUGGGGAUGGGGACUGUGGGCUCCGGGUCCGGCGUGAGCGAGCCAAGGCUCGUCUCCAGGACGCAAGGAGGGUCAACGACUGCCGAGGGGGUCCGCACCGGUGGGACGACCGGAGGAGGACGUGGCCUGGUGAGUGGAAGCGGGGGAAAGGCCCCAGGGUCAGAGAGGAGCAGAGGAGCGGCAGGUGGUGGUGGAUCAGGGGCAGACAACAGCAGCCGAAGUGCGGAGAUGGAAGACGGAAGUAAGGCGUCUGCCAUAACGCUGGUGGGCCCACCGGAGGGCUCUGUCGAGGGCCUCAUUAUUAAAUGGCCCCAGGAUUUCCGUGUGGUGGAUGGAUUGCAAUAG